CCGUCACACUUUACAUGGUUUCCUGGCACACCACUAGGGCCUGUCGCCUGUCGUCUGCUAUACUGUUCAAUAUAGUUACGCGAAGUACGAGUCAGUAAGACGAGCAACUAUUUACAGGUUAUAUGAACGCUCCUCAUGCCUGUGGUUGCUUUGACGCAACCACUUUGAUUACGCUAUGGCUCGUUUUUUUUUAAAAAUCAAAUUGAGGUGAAGUGAGAUUACGCAGCAGUCCUUUAAACGGGGCGUCGUGUUGUCGCAGGGCCACAUCUACGCCAUGGGCGGUUUCGACGGCCGUGCUCGCCUUAAGACGGUGGAGCGGUACGACGUAAAGAAAAAUCGGUGGUCCAUGGUGGCCGACAUGAACGAGGUCCGCAGCGACGCCAGCGCCGCUUCGGCCUGCGGACGCAUCUACAUCGCGGGCGGAUUCACGGGUCAAGUGACUCUGGGCACCGUGGAGUGUUAUGACCCGUCGACUGACGCCUGGACUCUGGUGCUGACUAUGCCGUCGAUUUGCCGUGGCCUCAAGGCGGUCGCCCACAAGAAUAUGAUCUACCUCAUCGGCGGCUACGGCUUCCAUGGAUAUAUGUCCUCCAUGACGUUGCUGGACAUCAGGAGAGCUCGAGUCUCCGACCUCCCCGCCAUGCCGCGACCGAAGAUGAACUUUGGCGCCGUCGUUCUCGAAGGCCAAAUCUACGCUAUAGGGGGACAUGAUGGAGUCACGACCGUACGGACGGUGGAGCGAUACGACAUCGAAGCCGGAAAGUGGGACUCGGCUCACGAGAUUGACGUGAGCUGCAGCGCGACCGCCGCUUUCGUCGUUCGCGACGUGGGCAACGCUGAGUCGUGGAUAUGAGCCAGCCACGUCGCUUUCACCUGCGGAAUAGAUCUACAGCGAUCGAUCCCGUCUCCCCAAUCAAAUUAAAAAUGUUCCCGCUUGGCUUCGAAACGUUUA